AUGGCAAUGAUAAUGGGUUUAGCCAUUCUCCUUGUUUUCUUGAGGUGUUUGAUUUUAAUGGGGGCUGACGAAAUCACUCAGCUGCCCGGCCAACCGAAUGUGGAUUUCCACCAAUUUUCCGGUUAUGUUGCUGUGGGUGAAAAGAGUGAAAGAUCACUUUUUUAUUACUUUGUCGAGGCAGAAACUGAUCCAGCUUCAAAGCCCGUUGUCUUGUGGUUAAAUGGAGGGCCUGGUUGCUCAUCUAUUGGUGUUGGUGCAUUUUCUGAGAAUGGACCUUUUAGGCCAAAUGCAAAGGUUUUGCUUAGGAAUGAGUAUAGCUGGAACAGAGAAGCAAAUGUUCUUUAUUUGGAUACACCAGUUGGAGUUGGAUUCUCUUAUUCAACCUCUUAUGGAACAGUGAAUGAUGAGGUUACAGCCAAAGACAAUCUUGUGUUCUUGCAACGGUGGUACCUCAAAUUUCCUCAGUUCAGGAACAACAGUUUAUUUAUAACUGGUGAAAGUUAUGCAGGUCAUUACGUACCUCAACUAGCAGAGCUUAUAAUUCAACUCAACCAGAAGAGACCUUCAAUCAAUCUCAAGGGGAUUGCUCUAGGAAAUCCAUUACUCGAGUUCGCCUCAGACUACAAUUCGAGGGCAGAGUAUUUUUGGUCUCAUGGGCUAAUAUCAGAUAUGACAUACAAAUUGUUCACUUCCGGUUGCAAUUAUUCAAGAUACGUGAGUGAAUACUACAGAGAUUCGGUCUCACUUGUUUGUUCUAAGGUCAUGAGCCUUGUUAACAGAGAAAGUAGCAGGUUUGUGGACAAAUAUGAUGUCACCUUAGAUGUUUGUAUACCGUCUGUGCUUUCCCAAUCCAAACUCAUUGCUCCUCAGCAAGAUGCCGAAAGGAUUGAUGUUUGUGUCGAGGAUGAGACUAUAAAUUACUUGAAUCGAGAGGAUGUGCAAAAGGCUAUGCAUGCGAAGCUCGUUGGAGUACGCAGAUGGGAUGUUUGUAGCAACAUACUUGACUACGACAUGCUCGACUUAGAAAAACCCACAAUUCAAAUCGUAGGAUCACUUAUCAAACAAGGAAUUCCAGUCUUAAUAUACAGCGGUGACCAAGAUUCUGUUAUCCCAUUGACCGGAACACGCUCAUUGGUCCGUAGACUGGCAAAGCAACUUGGACUUAACACAACUGUACCAUAUCGAGUUUGGUUCGAGGGGCAGCAGGUUGGUGGAUGGACUCAAGUGUAUGGAGAUAUUCUGUCAUUUGCCACAAUAAGAGGCGCUUCUCACGAGGCUCCUUUUUCACAGCCACAGAGAUCAUUUGUGCUCUUCAAGUCAUUUCUUGAUGGCCGGCCUUUGCCGCAGGAGUUCUAA